AUGUACAGAGGCCCCGGCACCGUCCUGGAAAAUUUCAGCGUUGAAAACUGCACGGGCACUGCAGUGCGGAUCCGCGGCCCAGCAGCGGCAGAUGCCCCAUCUGCCCCCCCGCCCCAAUUUCAAACAACCAUCAGAUCGGUGGAGUUCUUCAACAACACGGACACCUCUGCAACCGCCGAGUUCGACCAGGCCAGGGCGGGGGCCUUGAGCAUACUGGGAUCUGGGUCCGUCGUGGUCCAGAACUGCACGUUCAUCGGGAACGGCGAUCAGGACUCAUCGGCCGGGGCCAUCUCAUCUCUGGGAUCCAGCCUCAGCGUGGCCAACAGCGCUUUCCUCAACAACACUGCGAGGGUGAGCGCCGGCGCCGUGGGCGCGGACAGCUCGGAGCCGGACGCGGACGUGGUCCUGAACAUAACGAACUGCCGGUUCACUGGCAACCGGGUCAUGCAAGGCCUGGAGCAGACGGGGGAGUUGACGGCUCCCAAUGGGGCUCCGCUGGAAGCUUCUCAGCUCGUGAUGUUUCCCUUCACGGCGGUGUCUGCCGCCGGGGUGUCGGCGCAGAACCUGUUGAGCGUUUUCGUCUCCGGGACGACAUUCGAUUCCAAUUUCGCUGUUCCGGUCGGCGGCGCAAUGACGCUGUUGCAGAUUGGAAACGUCGCCUUGGCGAACAACACGUUUCUCAACAAUGAGGCGAGCGAACGGGAGGGCGGUGACCUGGCGGCGGCGCAGGGCGGAGCCGUCUACGUGGCGUCGACGGCGGAUGCGGCAAACUACAGCAUCGUCAACAACACGUUCCAAAACAACACGGCGGGGUACGGGGGUGCCUUGCACGUGGUGUCCAGCGCCAGCGCCACGGUGGACAUCAACAGCAACUCUUUCGUGGGGAACACAGCCUGGCUGGGCGGAGGGGCCGUCGUGCUCCGGAAUGCGCUGAACGUCAACCUUCAGAAUGUGAACGCGACCGGUAACAGAGCCCAGACCGGGGGAGCGAUUUUAGUGGUGAACGGGGCUGGAGUGGGGGCCACAGGCAACACGUCGCCGGAGGGCAGCAGCGAGUACCGAGGGAACGUGGCUAUCGACGGCGGCGCAAUUUACAUGCAGGGCUCAGCCGACGUGGUGCUCAAGGCCGCACGGUUCGUUGGCAACCACGCGCUGCGCGACGGCGGCGCCGUCGCCGCCCAGGACUCCGUCGGCACCGGACAGACCACUCUGCAGGAUGCCUCCUUCUCGGGCAACACGGCGCACAGAGGAGGGGCCUUAUUCAUCGACAGCCUCAGCAGCUUCCGCAUGCAGGCGACCGCCGGCCGGAAGCUGGAGUUCGAGAACAACGCGGCCCUGGCGGGAGGCGCGGUGUACGUCCGGAUGCAGAAUCCCGUGGGGAAUGCCUUCGAGUUCGACAUCCUGGAUGCGUCGUUUCGAGGCAACAAGGCGGUCACGUCGCCCAACGACACGCAGUUCGGCGAUUUGGACGUUCCGAACAGGGGGGGUGGGGAGCUGGAUCUGUUCGGCGCGGUGAACGAGGUAGUCGGCGGCCGGGGGGGCAGCCUGCUGAUCGACCCCAGGUCGGAAGAGCCGUGCGUGCCGGGAGGCGGGGGCGCCAUCUGCCUGGCGCUCGCGCGCGCGCCCAGGAAGGGCACGCUCGCUGUCCAGAUCGAUUCCUGCGCCUUCGAAAACAACAGCGCGGCCACGGGAGGUGGCAUACUUGCCGCUACCGACAGUUUGCCGUUGUGGCUGGCGCCCGGGGAAUGCAGGGCGGCCUCUUCCGCUUCCUUACCCCUUGGCAGGUGCCACGAGAUGGUGAUGAGCAAUUUGAAUUUCACCAGCAACAUGGCCACCGCGGCGGGCGGCGCCCUGUUUGCCACGCACGCGGAGGACAUUUGGAUAUCAGAGGGCUUCUUUAGCCAACCGCUGCAGCUGACCAACGUAACGGCUGACGGCGCCAGUUUUGCCUCUACCGGCCUGACCAUGAUCGGGAACGGCGUGGGGCAGGAUGGCUUUGGACCCAACGUCGCCUCCUCGGUCACGCUGCUCAAUCGAACGUCGGAAUUGACUGAGAAUGGAUUCUUCGAGGAGGAUCACAAGGGAAGCGACCUUUUGCCCAAGAUCACAUUUGACGUGUGCGACGCCUUCAAUCAGAGAAUUCGGGCCGGCAUCACUGACUCGGAGCUGAAGGUGACCGCAUCAGGUUCGGACGCCACCGGCAAGGACUUUGUGUCCGGCCAGAGGACUGCAGACGCCGUCGGCGGCCUGGUCCUGUUCGACGGCAUCCGCGUCAGCUCCAAGCCUGGCAGCUUCAACCUCACCUUCGAGGCGGCGGGCCUGAGGGCCCAGCUGGAGCCCGCCGUGGGGCGGCUGUCGGUGCGGGAUUGCAGGCCCGGGGAGUUCAACUUCACGGAGCAAAGCUUCUGCGCCGAGUGCAACCGGGGCGUCUUCAGCCUGCUGCCCACCGUGCAAUGCAGGAAGUGCGACGAUCGGGCCCAUUGUCCCGGCGGUGCGGCGCUGGUGCCGCUGCCCGGCUUCUGGCAUUCGAGCCCAUUUUCCCUGCGGCUGCACAAAUGCAUCCUGGAAGAGGCCUGCAGCUUCGAGGCCGAGGUGAGCGACACGAACAAGACCGUGGUGCCGAGGGACGACAUUCUGGCCAGCUUCUUCAAUAACCUUACCGUGGGUGAAGUAAUAAAUGCGAGGGACACUGGGCGGCAGUUCUCGAACGAGGAGUACCAGCAGUGCCGAGAGGGCUAUCAGGGCGUGCUGUGCGGCUCCUGCGCGCCUGGAUUCGGUCACCUCCCCGGCGGGGAGUGCACCGUCUGCGACAAAACCCGCGGCGAGAUCGUCUUCAUCGUCUUCCUGGUGGCCCUCUGGACCUUCCUGCUGCUGGCAAUAGCGAUCCGAAGCGCCCUAUCAAGCAUCAGGAACUUGGAGGAGAUGACCGUCUGGCAGCAGGGCAUCGGCUGCUCUCAGCGGCGGGGCCAAAACCCUCCAGCCACAUCUUCAGGGUGCCUGCGUGCGCCGCGCAGCGCGCCCUCCAACCUGCACGGCUCCGCGCAGACGCCAGGCAGCGCCGACGCAGGAUGGGACGCGGAGAGCCCUGGGAAGGACGGCGGGCCAGGCGGGCAGUCGGCUCAGGGACGCAAGAGCUUGCGCUCUCGAUCCAUGCCGGUCAGAUCCACCUCUCGACGCGAGGGCGGUGACAAGCGGGAGCUGCCGCCGCCCCAGUCUCCGCAUCGGCGCGGGUGGUCGCGGGCGGCAACGAAGCCCCUUCCGUCCAUAGACCACAUCAUCGCCGCGGAGAAGACGUCAGAGACUCUGAAGAUUUUGAUCAAUUUUCUUCAGGUCACAGGGGUCGCUGUGGCAAUCAAUUUGACGUGGACAGGCACAGCCAAGAACUUGCUGGGAUUGUGGGAUACCCUCGCCGGCGUCUCCAACGGCUCUUCGCAGGUCCCGCUGGACUGCGCCCUCCAGGGCGGCUCCGACACCAGUGAUAACUCCGGCAUCCGCGCCUCCGUCAUCCGGGUCUGCUUCCCUCUAAUCCUUUUCGCGACGGCCUCUGGCUGCUUCGGCCUGUUCUUCUUGCUGCGGCUGCGCCACGCCUACCCGGACAACCCCGUGGGCUACAUUCGAAGCCGGGUGAAGAUAUGCCUCCUGGCGGUCGUUUUUUUCUCCUACCAGAGUCUGACGGAGGAGUUCAUGAGGACUUUGAAUUGCGUGGAGCUGGACAACGAGAGGUCAAAUGUGGGCAUACCGGAGGAAUACGUGGGUUUUGCGACGGCCAGGGACUCGUACUGGGCGGAGGACACGGCCAAGGUGUGCUACGAGGGGAUGCACGCGGUGCUGGCGUUCGUGAUAGGCAUCCCCGGCCUGGUGGUGUUCUCUUUGGGCGUGCCGGCCUUCCUGCUCGGGUUCCUGCUCAUGAACAACCAUCGCGGGCGGCUGCUGGACAGGGACUUCCUGAACACCUACGGCUUCGUGUACCAGAACUACGACGAGGACCACAGGUACUGGGAGGUGGUCAUCCUGCUGAGGAAGGGGCUCAUUGGCGCCAUAGUGGUGUUCGGCCACGAGGCGGGGGCCAACCUGCAGGGGGUGAUGGGCCUGGGCAUCAUCCUUUUGGCGCUGGUGGCGCAGACUGUGGGCCGCCCCUACAAGCACAAGACGCACAACCUGCUGGAAGGGGCGUCCUUGCUGGUGACGAUUCUGACGUUCUAUUCGGGGAUCGUCUUCAACGACAGCAACACGUCGCAGGGGGCGGAGGUCCUCCUGACCACCAUAGUCUUGCUGGCCAACAUAGGGCUGGUGCUGUCUUUCAUGGGGGCCAUCGCCGUUUACGUGGACAGGUACGUGACGGCCAAGCUGAAAAUGGAGGAGGUGCGGGCCAUACCCUCCAACUUUCCAGUCCGGGUGCUGACGCUGGCGAAGGUAGUGGUGGACAACCUGCGGCGGGGGAGCGGGUCGCAGGAGAUGGCCGAGGAGGGCCUUGAGGCCUGGCAAGACGAGGGGAAUGGGCGCGGCAAGGAGGUGCCCAGCAACGGGGCCCACGCACUAGGGUCGGAACUGGCUUAG